UGAAUCCUCGAAAGAAACAGUUCCUCCAAACCGCUGUUGCCUGAAAAUCUAUCAUAUGGCAAACACCCCUUGCCACCAUUGUUCUUGUCAACACUUUAUACUUCCCCUUCUCUAUUCUAUGUUUUCUCGAAAUAUGACGAUGUUCUUUCCACUCACAUCAUAGAAUGACCGCUCAUAUUAACUUAUAUUCACUGUUGCAGAAAUGCAACUCUCUCAUUCACAUGAAGCAGCUCCAAGCCUAUCUCAUAACCACUGGCAAAUUCCAAUUCCACCCUUCCCGCACCAAACUUAUUGAACUCUUCGCCAUCUCUCCCGCCGGCAACCUCUCUUUCGCCGCUAAAAUUUUCCGGCAAAUCCAAAACCCCUCCACAAACGACUACAACGCCAUUCUUCGAGGCCUCGCCCAAAGCCCCGAACCAACUCAGUCCAUUUCAUGGUACCGCAACAUGUUACGCUGCCAUCAGAAGAUCGAUGCUUUGACAUGCUCCUUCGCUCUCAAGGGCUGCGCGCGUGCGUUAGCUUUCUCUGAAGCAACCCAGUUGCAUUCUCAGCUUCUGCGUUUUGGGUUUGAUGCUGAUGCAUUAUUACUUACUACUUUGUUGGAUGUGUAUGCGAAAACUGGUUUUCUUGAUGCUUCACAGAAGGUGUUUGAUGGAAUGGUGAAGCGAGAUAUUGCUUCUUGGAAUGCAAUGAUUUCUGGGUUGGCUCAAGGGAGUCGACCCAAUGAGGCUAUAGAUUUGUUUAACAGGAUGAAGGAAGAGGGAUGGAAGCCUAAUGAUGUGACUGUUCUCGGUGCGCUCUCGGCUUGUUCUCAGUUGGGUGCUUUGAAGCAGGGGGAGAUUGUUCAUGGGUAUGUUGUGGAUGAGAAGUUAGACAAGAAUGUGAUUGUUUGUAAUGCUGUUAUUGAUAUGUAUGCUAAAUGUGGGUUUGUUGAUAAAGCUUAUUUGGUCUUUGAUAGUAUGAGUUGUAGGAAAAGUCUUAUCACUUGGAAUACAAUGAUUAUGGCUUUUGCAAUGAAUGGCGAUGGAUACAAGGCACUCGAUCUUUUGGAUAGAAUGGCUUCAGAUGGAACAUGUCCGGAUGCAGUCUCGUAUCUUGCUGCAUUAUGUGCAUGCAACCAUGCUGGAUUGGUGGAUGAAGGGGUUAGACUGUUUGAUUCGAUGAAGGUGUCUGGAGUGAAACUUAAUGUUAAGCAUUAUGGGAGCGUGGUUGAUUUGUUGGGUCGAGCGGGGAGGCUCAAAGAAGCAUAUGAUAUUAUAAAUUCCAUGCCCGUGUUGCCUGAUGUGGUUCUUUGGCAGACUUUGCUUGGGGCUAGCAAGACUUACGGGAAUGUGGAAAUGGCAGAGAUGGCAUCUAAGAAGCUGGUGGAGAUGGGAUCUAACAGUUGUGGAGAUUUUGUCUUGCUGUCGAAUGUUUAUGCAGCACAGCAGAGGUGGAAGGAUGUUGGGAGGGUGAGGGAGGCUAUGGUAAUUAAUGACGUUAGGAAGGUACCUGGAUUUAGCUACACAGAAAUAGAUGGUAGGAUACACAAGUUUAUAAAUCGCGAUCAGAGUCAUCCGAAUUCCAAAGAGAUAUAUGCAAAGCUGGAUGAGAUCAAGUUUAGGAUCAAAGGUUAUGGAUAUAUAGCUGAAACUAACCUUGUGUUGCAUGAUAUAGGCGAUGAGGACAAAGAGAAUGCAUUAAAUUAUCAUAGUGAGAAGUUGGCUGUUGCUUAUGGUUUAAUUAGUACAGUUGAUGGAACACCAAUUCAGGUUAUAAAGAACCUUAGAAUAUGUGUGGAUUGUCAUGCUUUCAUAAAAAUUAUAUCAAAUAUUUUUAAUAGGGAGAUUAUUGUGAGGGAUCGAGCACGAUUUCACAGAUUUAAAGAUGGUGUAUGCUCUUGUAGAGAUUAUUGGUAAAAUUAAAUUUAGAUGCAUGUUGUAUAUAUAUAUUUUUUUCUUAAAGAAGUUUGAAUACUCAAUUUCUCACAGGGUUGACAACAAUACUCAGGUAAUUCAUUAGCUUACUUGUGUAUGUUUUUAUAAAACUUUAUAGCAUCUGAUGCUUUAUCCUUCAAAAUAUUUCUGCUUCUCUGGUACUAUAUCCUUUUACAGGAUAUGAAGAUUUCAUAGGUUCCCAGCUUUUCAUUCCGCCUGAAGAAAGCAUUGUUAAUGUUAAACUUCUUCCCCAUAUUUUCAUAUAUGAUACAACUUAUCUGAUAUUUCUAUGCUUUUUUUUCCAGUGUUGUUAAAUAUAGGUAUAGCACCAAUAUGCUAUUUGGUAAAAUAAUAUUGUCAAAUAGUGAUCAGUAUAUCACUUUUGUAUAGCAAAAUUUGAACGAACUACACUUUUUUGUGAUCAUACUAUUGACAAACUUGCUUUAUUUCCCCCUUUACAGACUACUAAGAGAAAUUGUGAUUCUUGAGUGUAACCUGGCUGCUGCAGUUGAGUGAUCACAAUAAUAAUCAAGAGUGAAACCAAAGUUAUGAAGCUCCUUGUGCUUGUCAUAAUGCUUAUUGUGAUCUUGCCUGUUGUUACUGAGGUUAGACAUAGUUGUAAUAUAUCAACGGGUUGAAUGUCUUCCUCUAUUGGUGAGUUCCAAAUUCUUCAUGGUUUAAGGUUCCAGGUAAACCUAGGAAAGAAGUUAUAGAAGAGUUGUGGAAACCACCUAUAAUUGGAUGGAUCAAAGUCAAUACUGAUGGCUCAGCAAUAGGUUUUCUUUUCAUUGCUGCUACUACUGCUAUUUUUAGAGAUCAUAGAGCUUUUUUGUUGGUUUGUUGCUUCCAAUAUUGAUCAAGAAUGCGCUCUUCAGUGCUGCAACGAUAUCAAUUGAAAUUGCCAAGGUUAGUGUAACUUGUGGAUUGAAAGUGCCUUCAUGAAUGUUAUUAGAUUUCAUGACCUUUGAAAAUAUUGACAUUGUCCCUUGGAAAUAUUGACAUUGCCUCAUAAUUUCUCAAUCUAUGAGAUUUAUCUACACCCACAUAUUUAGAGAAGAAUAUUAUUGUGUUGAUUUCUUUUCUCGUCAUGGUCAUGUUCCUCUUGGUGGACACAAUCACUUGAUUUUAUUA